AUGAGGAUCUCACCAGCUCUGAUCCUCUCUCCCCAGCUCAUGUCCCUGCCGAGCCCUGCAUGGCCCCAGCGAGAUGAGCCUCCCCCCUGCGGCACUGCCACCAGCCUCCCGCCAGCCUCGUCCGACAGUGACUCCGGCUGUGCCCUGGAAGAGUACCUGGAGCCCCCCGCGGACCCCGCACCCCCCGAGGUCCCGCUGUGCUUCGGCACCCGCUCGCCGCAGCCUGCCUCUCCCGCCGACAAGAUCCAGCUCCGUGCCAGAGCCCUCCUGCAGCAGCUGCCUCCUCAGGACUGCGAUGAGCGGUACUGCCCUGACCUCGCGGAGGAGGAGAGGAAGCAGCUACGAGCGUUCAGCGCCCGACGGAGACGGGAGGCACUGGGACAGGGGCUGGCAUGUCCCGUGCCGGGUCCCUGCCAUGGCUGUCCCUGCAAGAAGUGUGGCAGGAGGCUGAACAAAGGGGACCCAGGGAUUUCAGCGUCUCGGCUGGGGAACCAGUUUUGGCACCCGUCCUGCUUCUCCUGCCACUUCUGCCACCAGCCCCUGGUGGACCUCAUCUACUUCCAGCAGGACGGGAGGAUCUACUGCGGCCGGCACCACGCCGAGCUCUUCCGACCCCGCUGCGCCUCCUGCGACCAGCUGAUCUUCAUGGAGGAGUGCAUCGAGGCAGAGGGCCGGCGCUGGCACCUGGACCACUUCUGCUGCCUGGAAUGCGACGUGCCCCUCUGCGGGCAGCGCUACGUGAUGAAGAGCGGCCGGCCCUGCUGCCGCGGCUGCUUCGAGAGCCUCUUCGCUGAACCGUGCCAGGCCUGCGGGGACCCCAUCGGUGCCGACAGCGAGGAGGCCACCCACCAAGGGCUCCACUGGCAUGCCCGAGCCGCCUGCUUCUGCUGCAGCCUCUGCCGAAAGCCGCUGCGUGGGCAACCCCUCACCUCCCGCCGCGGCCGGCUCUUCUGCUCCGAGACCUGCAGCCUGGGGCGGGAUGCAUCCUCCACUACCUCCGACUCUUCCGACUCGGCUUUUGCGUCGGCUCCGUCCCCCGAUUCGACGCCCCUCUCCCGAACCAGCCCUGCCAGCAGGACCACGCCGGGGACGGGCAGCACUUCAGUGGCCGGGGGCUGCAGGCAGAGGGUGGAAGGGGCAGGCAAUGGAAACCCACACUCCCGCGCGGGCACAUCCCCUGCUCGACACAGUCCACGGCCAGAGGACAUCGACCUGCAGGACAUCACGGAGGAGGACGACUCCUGGUGUCCCACCUGCUCUUCAUCUUCGGACUCAGACUCGGAGGAAGAGGGUUUCUUCUUCGGGAAGCCCAUCCCCAAGCCCGGGAUGAGUUCCCUGGGCAGGGAGCCCCUGGGGAGGGCUGAGGGCAGGACGGCAAAGCCACGGGGCAGCAGCAAGCACUGCAGCGUGUCCUAG